GUCUUUCACUCCCUUCCUGCUGCAUCACAACAGCCGCUAGCAGCUCGAGUAGCACCAGUGACUGGGGGUUAUAGAGGAUAUACACCCGCUAAUUCAUUGUCAAAACAACACCGCAGACCUUGCAGCACCCAACAAAAUCCUGACACGGGGGAGACCGACAGGAACUGGUUGCAGUGCGCUAACCCCGCUCCAGCUGUUGGGAUAUGGCCAGGCCGGAACAGGUUCUGCUCUUAGAGCCUCAACACGAACUGAAAUUCAGAGGUCCGUUCUCAGACGUGGUCACCACGUCUCUCAAGCUCUCCAACCCUACAGACAGGAAUGUAUGCUUCAAGGUGAAGACCACAGCACCACGCCGCUACUGUGUGCGGCCAAACAGUGGAAUUCUCGAUGCAGGCACUUCAAUCAAUGUCUCCGUAAUGCUGCAGCCAUUUGAUUAUGACCCGAAUGAAAAGAGUAAACACAAGUUCAUGGUCCAGUCACUGCUAGCGCCUCCUGACAUGACUGAUAUGGAGGGAGUGUGGAAGGAAGCAAAGCCAGAAGAGCUCAUGGACUCGAAGCUGAGGUGUGUUUUUGAGAUGCCAUUGGAUAAUGAAAAGAUGCAUGACAUGGAGUCCAGCAAGAUGAUGUCGUCCAGCUUGCUGAAGUCAGAUUCCUCUGCCCUGCCUGUGAAGUCACUGAGCUCCACCCUGGAUGACGGGGAGGUGAAGAAGAUCAUGGAGGAGUGUAAGAGACUGCAGAUGGAGGCCCAGAGGCUACGGGAAGAAAACAAACAGAUUAGGGAGGACGAUGGUCUGCGGAUGAGGAAGAGUAACAUGAUGUCGUCUCAGCACUCCUCAAUGGGCAUGAAGAAGGAGGAAGGGUUGAGUGUCCGCACAGUGGCCCUCAUUAUGCUUUUCUUAGUGGUGGGCGUCAUCGUGGGCAAGUUGGUCUUGUAGAGCGCAGAGCAGUUUGGUUGGCAGCAGCAUGCUUUUGGGGGAUGAAAGCAACACAAGGGAUUUGGCAUUAUGGUUCAGGAAAUGCCACAUUUGCUGGGUGGGGGGGUGGUUCCAUGUUUUGAUUCUGUCAGAUUUAUGUAAAAUAAAUAAAUCAAAAGGUAAUGUAUGAGAAAAGUUAAAAAAAAAAGAAAGAAAGAUCUUAUGAACAAACCUACUGUUACAGGUCUUGCCUCACGUAAUCAUCACAUAAUCAUUCUGGCUUUUCUUCCAAAGUUUCAUGUAUACAGAUGACUGGUUCUGUGGGUGAGGGUAAUGGAAACAUGAUUUAAUGCUUGUGAUUCAGUCAAAUUGAUUUUUUUAAACACUGGCGAGGUAGUGUUGGUGUGUGAGUCAGUUUGCAAUUGUGCGAAUGUCAUUUUAGUGUAUUAUUGUUUCUUUGUCUAACUGACAGAGGCCAGAGCUUACGUAUAUGUAUAUACGUAAUCCCCCACAUACUACACACUCUGUACAGUAUAUCCAGGUGUUCCUUCCAGCUAAACCCCCUUUAAGGAAGGGAUUUACCAGAGAGAUGAUCCACACUGUCGGGGUUUCACACAGGGCUAUCAAACUGACUCCUCCCAUCAGAAGCUUUGUAAAAUCAUCUCCUCUUUGAUUGUAGAAGCUUGAACAGUGUAUGAAACACUAUGCCGCUGGUAUUUUCUGUCUUUAUGUCCUCCUUAUUUUAGGUCUACCGUAUUUUCCGGACUAUAAGUCACUCUUUUUUAGUAGUUUGGCUGGCCAUGUGACCUUUAUUUAGAAGUGAAUAUACGCUAUGGCACCAUCCACACUUGAAUUGAGCGCUGCUACUGCACCACCGAAAAAGCUAUACUGCAGAAUUUAAACCGUAAAUUAGAAAGUAUCCAGCCGAAAACGGUAAUCGAGCAGCAGAAAGAAAGUUUGGCGUGAGUGAAAAACUCGAAAACCAAAGGUAACUCUUUCUUCUAUGAAAAAAAAUAUCAAAGAAGGCUAAUCGCGGGCUGAAAGCGCAAUGGCCAGAGAUGGAGGAAUGAGUCCACAAAUGGGUUGAACAGCGUGCUGCUGGAAGGGGGCUUAUCAACGGUGCAGUUGCGUCUCCAUGCGCAUGUUGUUGCCAAGGAGAUGAAAAAUGAUUUUGCUGGCGGGCCUUCUAUCACUAUCACUUCAUGCAACGCACGGACCACGCUGUGUCAGAAACUGCCACCGGACUUCCAAGCCAAGGUCGACAGUUUCCCGUGCAUUCAUUGAAAAGCAGUCAACGACACACAAUGUGUCACCGGAUCAUAUAAUUAAUAUGGGCGAUGUGCCCCUCACGUUUGACAUCCCCAUGAGCCGAAGUGUCGCAGAGAAAAGGGCAGAAAAGUGUGAGCAUAGAGACAACAGGUCAUGAGAAAUCACACUUCACUAACUGUGGAGAUGGUUCCAAACUGCCACCAAUGGUUAUUUUCAAAUGGAAGAUGUUUGUUGCGACCUCAAACAAGAAAGGGUGGAUAGAUGAAGGAAUUAUGAGCUUUUGGCUAACAAAGUGCUAUUCUAAACGUCCUGAUGCCAGCCGAGCAUUAGAGGAGACGGCCCUUCAUCUUCCUCCGGAGUCGGCGGAAUUGUUUAGAAGCGACACCAAGGAUGAAGAAUUCAACGGAUUCAGUGAUGCAGAAUAAGAUCGGGAACUUAAUGAACUGUUGCGUUAAUAAGUUUAGCCUAUGAUCUUCAGGCUAACUGAAUAGUCAGAUUAAAUGUUCAAUUUUGGAUAAUGAAAUAAAUGCGACUUAUAGACCGA